AUGGCGACUCAGGAUUCACGAAGCAUUCUUUUUACAAAUACCCUCCCACAGCAGGGUUUUAGACUCCUAGAAUUGCCACCGGAAUUGGAAGAGCUCUUGUCCUCCCCGAAUGCACCUGUGCUGACCAUGUUUCAACUUCCUAGUCUCGAACUUAAAUCUCCCUCCGCGGCCCUGGCACUCGCGGUGGCCGAUCCCAGUAACCAAGAAUAUGUCAACCUCUGCACGCCAACUCAAACUUAUCGUAUUCGCCAAGUGCAGUCCUCAAAUUCUCUCCAUAUUCUCCGGCCAAGCCUCGGCGAAAUCUCGCGCGCUGAUAUCAAGGUUAUUGAAGAAGAGGCCGGUGAAAGCGGCGGAUUGAAUCUCCCCGACGAAGCUGUGACCGCGAUUGCGAAAUGUAGCUCGACCCUCGAAUUGCACGUCCCGCCAGUCGGUUUCUCGGCCGCUUUAUUCCUUGAGAAAAGCCUAGCAUUGUAUGACCCGCAAAAUGGGGACGAUGAUGAGGAUGUUUCCAUGGACGACUCCGGCAUUGAAGAUGUUGCCAUGGGCCCUGCCGAGAUGCGCGCCCUGAGAAACCAGGUUUGUGCCGACAUCCCAGUGUCUGCAGCGCAAUGUGAAGCAGGGUGGACGGAGAUCUGCGCUUUCGUGGAUAAGAAGCAGAAAAUGUGCUGGCGGCCCUCGGCGAAGAUGCGGCUGAACGUUUGGAGACGGUUGACGGAGGGCACCAUCUUGCAGGGAAUCGAUCUAGAGAAGCAAUUUCUUGUUGUAGAUCUUUGGAAGUCUGUGCUGGAUGACGAUGAUACUCUACCACAACCUUUCCCACAACAAUUACUUGAGGCAAUCGUGCGAAGAUUGUGUGCAGCGGACCAGCGACCGCCAUUGACUGACGAGAUUAAGUGGGCAAGCUUUGAUAAGACUGAGUGUAUUAGAUGGGUGGGAGAGACCUAUUUGGCUGCUACUGCUCCCACUACAUCGUCUUCUAUCGGGCGAAGUGAAUUCCUUCGUGCGUGGAAGGAUUACCUACCGGAGUCGUGGAGAGAAGAAGCUGCAAUGUCAAAACUUCCAGAAGGCUCAUACCAAAACGCUGAUCCUACGUCGAUUUGUUUUGUGGAUCCAUCGCAGAGACUACAAACUGCGAAAGCAUCGACUGCUGCGCCAGCUGCUGCAGCCAAGGCCAAAACUACCAGAAACUGGCAUGAAUUGCUCAAGAAUUCAAAGCGCCGCUGA